AUGAAGGAAGCUACAUGUAUAUCGACUCUCACGUUGAUGUUCCUUUUGACGGGUUCUGGCGAUGCAGCAACGCACACAGAUAUGGUCAAACUCCAUGAGAACUUGACGAAACAUUACAACAAGUAUGUCAGGCCAACUUUUAAUCAGUCAGAGCCAACAAUUGUUAAUGUCAAUUUCAACCUUCUUUCUAUCAAAGAACUGGAUGAAAAGACCAAUAAAUUGGCUAUAGUAGGAAUUUUUACAUACUCAUGGAAUGACUUUCAACUCCAGUGGAAUUACACGGAUUUUGGCAACAGUAUUACAACAUUUCUGCCUCAGACGGCAGUGUGGAAACCCGACGUUAUACAAGUUAACCCAUAUGAUGAAAUUGAACCUCUCGGUUAUGACAGACAAACAAUUCGGGUCGUAUACAACGGAGAUAUGUACUGGGCCCCAGCAAAUGUCUACCAGUCUAGUUGUGCUAUUGAUGUGACGUUUUAUCCCUUUGAUGUCCAAUCUUGUUUCAUAAUGUUUAGCUCUUUGAUGUACGAUAUAUCGGAGUUACGUUUCGAAAGCAAUAAUACUAUGCUAGACCUUUCAUACUUCUACUCAAAUGGCUUGUGGGAGGUCAAGGCAACAGGAAUACAUUGUGACAAGUCAUCACCGCUUAUUAUUUUAAUAUUGCAACUAAAAAGGCGAUCAAUAUUCCAUGUUCUUAACACGUUGAUACCUAUCAGUGUCAUAGGACUUUUGAAUGUCUUGGUAUUCUUGCUCCCUGCAGAGUCAGGAGAGCGUGUCAGCUUCUCGAUUACUGUAUUAUUAGCAAUGGCUGUGUUUAUCAGUAUUGUGACGGACAGUCUACCCAGUAACAGUGAGCCGAAUGUCCCGUUUCUGUGUUACCUUCUUGCAAUCGAUCUAGGCGCGAAUGCUUUAGUAACCGUUUGCGCCAUUCUUGGAUUGCGUCUCCAUCACAAACCAGACUCUCAGAAGGUCCCCAAAUGGCUGAAGAGACUAAUGUCCUGCCGUCCAAGCAUUAAAAAGAAGAGCAGGUGUACCGAUACACGCUUAGAAUCUGACAAUAGCAUGGAGAGUUGGAAUAAUUCUUCUCCAGAACAGAUUAAACACAUUUACUUUAAUGAAUCUGCAAUUUCCCGGCCAAGUGAAAAAACAUUCAAAUACGAGCAACAAGAUGUCAAUGACACUGAUCAAAAGACUGUGUUAUCUACUCAGGAACCCUCUAAAAACAUUACAUGGAAAAAUGUCGCAGUGGUCUUGGACAUUGUUUUCUUCGUGUUAUUUUUAAUGGUUUUACUUGCUAAAGAUGUUGUGGCAGUAAUUAUAUUUUUGCAAUCACAAAACUAUUCUUAA